UUCAGAUAACAACUAAAGUGGACGAAAAUGGGUAAGAAGACGAAAAUUGGAAAGCAGCGUCGAGACAAAUAUUAUCAUCUAGCAAAGGAAGCAGGAUAUCGAUCUCGUGCUGCAUUCAAACUGUUGCAACUUAAUAAGCGAUUUGAAUUUUUGCAAAAAUCCAGAGCAGUUGUUGAUUUAUGCGCAGCACCAGGUGGAUGGCUUCAGGUGGCCACGCAAAAUAUGCCCGUCUCAUCACUUUGCAUAGGAGUUGAUUUGGUGCCUAUUAAACCGAUCAACAGAUGUGUAACUUUACAAGGUGAUAUAACCGCUGAAAAAACUAGGCAGAUGGUGAGGAAGGAACUACGUGGCUGGGAAGCUGAUUGUGUGUUACACGAUGGCGCACCUAACAUAGGGCGUAAUUGGGUUCAGGAUGCAUUCCAGCAAAACUGUUUAACACUAUCAGCCUUGAAACUUGCAACACAGAUAUUAGCAAAGAAUGGUAUUUUUGUAACGAAAGUCUUCCGGUCAAGUGAUUACCAUCAUCUGAUAUCAGUAUUUGAGAAACUUUUCAGACAAGUUCAUGUUUGGAAACCAGCAGCAUCACGCCUAGAAUCUGCAGAGAUCUUUGUGGUCUGUGAGAAGUAUUUAAAACCGGAUAAACUUAGUCCCGACCUCUUAGAUCCCAAAAAGGUAUUCGCUGAAUCGACACAACAGUCAGUUACUUCAAACCCACAGUUAAUGUUGCAAUCACGCAUAAAGUUGAAGAAAGUACCGGCAGUUGGUUAUGAAAAUGAAUCUAUUUCACUCCAUAAAAUAAUAAACGCCACAGAUUUUAUUCAAAGUAGCGACUAUUUAGAAUUAUUGGCUUCUGCAUAUAAAAUUGCUUUGGAUGAUGAAAGAUGGUUGAAUAACGAAGAGACAACUGAUGAGGUGAAGUGUUGUCUGGAAGAUGUUAAGGUAUGUGGUCCGAGAGAGUUGCGAUUGAUACUGAAAUGGAGACGUAAUAUUAUCAAAAAAAUCAAUGAAGAAAUGGCACGGGAUGAAGCUGAUAAUCCAACAAAAGAUGUAAUGGUUGUCAAUCCUGAGGAUGAACGGAUGGCAGAAAUUGAACAGCAGCUAUUGACAGCAAAAGCAGAAGAAAAGGCAGCACUGAAGAAAAGGAAACGAAAAUUACUAAAAGAUAAAGCUAGUAAUGAAAAAAGGAAAAAGCUGAAAAUGCUAGUAGAAGGAGACACUUAUGAAAUACCCGAUGAACAAGAGCUAUUUUCGUUAAAGAAACUUGCGAGAGCUAAGGGUCAACGGAGUACAGAUAUUAACAAAAUUUCGGGACCAAAAAAUAAUAGGAGUGAGAGUAACAGUGAUAACGACGAAGAUUCUAGUAAUGACGAUGAUGAUAACGAUGAUUCUGGCAUCGAUGAUGAUGUGGAAGAAUUUCAUCACGAACAGGAUCCAAGUAUGUCAAAAGCAGAAAAAGCUGAAGCUCAAAAAGCAGAAUGGUUUAGCCGGCAUCAGGUUGCUGAACUGAUAGAUGAUGAAGAGGGCACUCUCAGAGCUGUUGAGAAUUUCAUGAAAAAAAUUAGUAAUUCACAAGAUAGUGGAAAAGAUAAUGAAGGAAACGAUGACGAGAAAUCAAAUGCCGGUCCCUUGUCAGGUGAAGGGAAUAACGAAGAUAGCCAAGAACUCAAUAGCGAAGCAGAAAUAGGAGCAGGAACAACUUCUGUGUUUAUAGAUGAUGAUGAAAGUGACGAGGAAUAUCAUGAUGUAGAUGAAACUGGUGCCAAAAGUUCCUCAUCUGGUAUAACGCAUACAGGAAAGCCAGGUUUGAUGUUUAUAAAUAUCUCAUGUAAUUUUUGA